CCCCCUUUCCCUUCCUUCCACAUCGUCUCGACGAAGAAGAAGAAGCCGCCGCCGCCCGUCGCCGCCGCGGCCCCGGGUCUCCUUCCCCCGCCGCCGCCGACGACCACCACCAUCAUCCUCAUCAUCAAGCAGCAGCAGCAGCAGCCAUGUUCGGCUCUACCAACCCAUUCGGGCAGCAGUCGUCCGGUGGCGCGUUCGGGCAGCAGGCCUCGAGCAACCCGUUCGGGGGCCAGGCAGGCGGCGCUUUCGGGCAGCAGGCCUCGAGCAACCCGUUCGGGGGCCAGACGUCUGCAUUUGGGCAGACCGGCGGCGCCGCCAGCAACAGCUUCGCGCCUAAACCCUUUGGCAGCUCGGUCACCGCCUUUGGCCAGCCAUCCGCCCCCGCGUUUGGUGCUACAUCCACCGGCGCCUUUGGCCAGCUAUCCGCCCCCGCGUUUGGCAGCACCUCGACUGGCGCCUUUGGCCAGCAAGCCAGCCCCGCGUUUGGCAGCACCUUGACCGGCGCCUUUGGCCAGCAAUCCGCCCCCAUGUUUGGCAGCACCGUGACCGGCGCAUUUGGCCAGCAAUCCGCCCCCGCGUUUGGCACUACAUCCACCGGUGCCUUUGGCCAGCAAUCCACCCCCGCGUUUGGCACUACAUCCACCGGUGCCUUUGGCCAGCAAUCCGCCCCUGCGUUUGGCAGCACCUCGACCGGCGCCUUUGGCCAGCCAUCCACGGCCGUGUUCGGCACCCCAUCGCCCUCUCCGUUCGGCAGCUCCACACCAGCCUUUGGCGCGUCGCCAACCCCUGCGUUUGGCGCCACAUCCUCCGGCUUCGGCAGUGGAUCUUUGUUUGGACAGAAGCCAAGUUUUGGGGGUUUUGGAUCGUCUCCUAGCCAGUCUAGUACUUUUGGUAGCACAUUCCAGCAAACUCAACCAGCAUUUGGCAACAGCACUUUCGGUGCCACAACUCCUGCAUUUGGCUCAAGCUCAACAUCCUUAUUUGGCGCUUCCAGCAACACAACAUUUGGUUCAACGACUCCUGCAUUUGGAUCUUCAGGCACCGGAACAUUUGGUGUGAACACUGCUCCAGCUUCUUCGUUUGGCACAUCAGCAAGUGCUUUUAGUUUUGGUUCUUCGCCGUCUUUUGGACAAACAACAGCUACAACCGGUACCACUUCCUUCGGAACAAAUCCAUUUGGCUCACAGGCAGCAGCAACAACGUUUGGGCAAUCUUCAUUUGGAAAUCAAUCUGGAGGAACCAGAAUACAGUCUUAUGUGCAAACACCAGAUCCUGACAGUGCUACAAGUGGCACUCAACCUGCUGCGAAGUUUGAUUCUAUAUCAGCAAUGCCUGCAUAUAAAGAGAAGAGUCAUGAAGAAUUGAGGUGGGAAGAUUACCAGCGUCAAGACAAAGGUGGACCAAACCCUUCUGCAGCUCCAGCGGUGAACAGCUUUCUACCUCCACAGCAGAAUUUUCAACCAAAUCAACCGAUAGCAGCUAAUACGUUCGCUCCUAAGCCCUCACCUUUUGCAACUACGCCGAGCCCAUUUUCUUCAUCUACAAGUACCCAGUCGUUUGGACAACCAGUUGGUGCAUUCUCAGCAAACACUUCACCAUCUCUCUUUGCAAAUUCCACUUCUUCGAUAUUCAACCCACCAUCGACAACCACAAAUCCAUUCAGUACUGGCUCAUCCAUUAAUAAUAACACUCAAUCAGCUGGGCUGUUUCAGCCUUCCCCUGCAAUUACGCAACAGCCAUUUAGCAACUCAUUUAAUCAGCAAGCAAGCACUCCAGCUUUCUCCACUAGUAUGUUCAACACUUCUAGUCUUGGAAUGACUGGAGGGCUGUUUAGCAACACAUCUCCACCUUUCGCAACAUCAACAUUUCAACAACCUGCCCCUGUUCAAACUACAAGCUCGUUCUCAUUCCAGACUCAACCAGGUGCAUUCUCUGGUGUUUCCAACAUGAUGAAUCUGGCCCCAUUUGGACAGCAAACUACUAGCCAGCCCAAUAUGGUAAUGCAGCCAACUAUGGUUCCAAGCCCCUUCGGAACACUUCCAGUAAUGCCUCGGAUGUCCAUUGGGAAUGGUGGAUCUUCACCUUCUAUCCAAUAUGGCAUAUCAAGUUUGCCGGUUGCUGAGAAGUCCCUUCCGAGCAGAACUUUAUCGAUGGUGGUUCCUAGGCAUUUAUCACAGAGAAGGAUAAAACUGCUGCCACGAAAAUAUAAUGCGACAUCUGAUGGCAAGGUUCCUUUCUUUGCUGACGAUGAAGAAUCUCCUGCAACACCAAAAGCGGAUGCUUUUUUCAUCCCUAGAGAGAACCCACGAAGUCUGAUAAUCCGUUCAACCGAGCAUUGGCCUUCACGUACUGUGCUUGACAGGCAGUCAAUUCCGAGGGAUUCAGCUGAUCUUGAGAAACAUAUAGAUGCUUCUGUUGGGAGGGAGCGCAAUAAGGCUGCCAUGUCACCAAGUCGGACUGCCCCAGUGGAAAACCGAGAUGACCAGCAUGCAUCAAGUGAGCCUGAGGCUUCGGCGCGUCACGCGAAUGGUGCCACCAUUGAGAAGCAGCAGCAGCAGCAGCAGUUGAUGCCUAAGCUGCUCUCCCAGGCAGAUUACUUUACGGAGCCUAGCCUGGCGGAGCUAGCGGCCAAAGAACGUGCCGAGCCAGGCUGCUGCGGCCGGGUGAAGGACUUUGUUGUGGGACGUCGAGGCUAUGGCAGCAUAAAAUUCCUGGGGGAGACGGACGUGAGGGGCCUCGACGUGGAGUCGAUCGUGGAGUUCAACCAGCGCGAGGUGGUGGUGUACAAGGACGACAGCAAGAAGCCCCCGGUGGGCGAGGGCCUGAACAGGGCGGCGGUGGUGAGUCUCCUGAAGAUCAAGUGCAUGAACAAGAAGACUGGGGAUCAGUACACGGAGGGUCCGAGGGUGGAUAGGUACAGGGAGAUGCUGGCGAAGAAGGCCGAGGAGCAGGGAGCUGAGUUCAUCUCGUUUGACGCUGCCAAUGGAGAGUGGAAGUUCAGGGUGAAGCAUUUCAGCUCCUACGGCUUUGCUGGUGCUGCUCAAGAAGAAGAAGCUCAAGGCAAUUCCUGUGGGUUGUAGCUAGCUUUGCUUCAUCGACUGUAAUAACUCGUCUGGUCUGAAUGAAUGAAUGGAUGGAUGGAUGGAUGCUUGGUGCUAUGACUAGCUUGUUUUUUGUUUUGUUUUGUUUUGUUUCGUGCGAAUCUUUUUUGAGCAUGUGCAAGUGAAAUAUUGAUGCUUCGAGUUAGCAGUUUAAA